AUGACGAAUGCACAGAAUACUCUGGCCACGAACGAAAACCUGGCGAGGAUACGCUUUUCCGUGGGUAUGGAUGCCUACAUCCAGCUGAACCCUUCAGCCCAGGGCGUCGUCCCUGGGCGCCUGAUGGCAACUACCAUCGAGGCCAUCAUCGGUGCUGUCUAUCUCGACCGUAAUAGAAAUACUAUGGACAUACGUCUCUUGGUUAUUCAUCUGCGCAUCAUGCCGACGCUCCAGGGAAUAGUCUUGGACCUUGACGAAGGGGACACCAUCGGUACCAGGCGUCCCUCUCGAGAAGGUCUGGAAAGCCUCUUUAUGAUGGCAUCUGGUGGUUAG